ACUAUCAACGACAAAGCCCUGGGCCUCUCCCUUCUUCCCGUUCUACACUCCAAGCCCAGCCCACUCCCUCUUCUCCAAGAAAUCCCCCUCGCGGUCCGCCGCGUCGACGCCCCGGCGGUUCUUCAGGAUGCCGCCGUCGCCGGCGAGCCGGAGGAGGGGGAGGAGGAGGAGAGGACCGGGGCUCUUUUGGACAAGAGAUUUGGGUUCGGUAAGGGGUUUGAGAAGAAUUUUGAGAUGGGGGAGGAGGUGGGAAGAGGGCAUUUUGGGUAUACUUGUUUAGCUAAGUUUAGGAAGGGGGAGAUGAAGGGGGAGAAAGUUGCUGUGAAGGUCAUUCCAAAGGUUAAGAUGACGACCACGAUAUCCAUUGAGGAUGUUAGAAGAGAGGUGAAAAUUCUGAGUGCUUUAACAGGUCAUGCUAACCUGGUUCAGUUUUAUGAUGCAUAUGAAGAUAAAGACAAUGUGUAUAUAGUAAUGGAAUUAUGUGAGGGAGGAGAGCUGUUGGAGAAAAUACUAUCAAGGGGUGGGAAAUACUCAGAAGAUGAGGCGAAAGCUGUGCUGGUACAAAUACUGAGUGUUGUUGCAUUCUGCCAUCUCCAAGGAGUGGUUCAUCGGGAUCUCAAACCAGAGAAUUUCCUUUUUGCUUCCAAGGAUGAAAAUUCCCAGUUGAAGGCUAUAGAUUUUGGCUUAUCCGACUUUGUGAAACCAGAUGAAAGGCUUAAUGAUAUUGUUGGUAGUGCAUAUUAUGUUGCACCAGAAGUUCUACAUAGGUCUUAUAGCACGGAAGCUGAUGUGUGGAGCAUUGGUGUAAUUGCAUAUAUUCUUCUUUGUGGCAGUCGUCCAUUUUGGGAUAGAACUGAGUCUGGUAUCUUUAGAACUGUUCUGAAAGCUAAUCCAAGUUUCAAUGAGUCACCCUGGCCCUCUCUGUCGUCUGAAGCAAAAGAUUUUGUUAAGCGGCUGCUGAGUAAAGAUCCACGAAGAAGAAUGAGUGCUGCACAGGCAUUGACUCAUCCUUGGAUUAGAAGUUCUAGUGAGAUUAAAGUGCCCCUUGAUAUUCUAAUCUUCCGACUGUUGAAGUCCUACAUGCGCUCUUCAUCAUUGCGCAAAUCUGCUUUAAGGGCUCUGUCAAAGACAUUGGCUGUUGACGAGCUAAUUUAUUUGAAGGAGCAGUUUGCACUAUUGGAGCCAAAUAAGAAUGGAUGCAUUACCCUGGAAAACAUUAAGAUGGCCUUGAUGAAAAAUGCUACUGAUAUAAUGAAAGAAUCCCGUGUUCAGGACUUUCUCGUCUCGUUGAGUGCCCUUCAAUACAGAAGGAUGGAUUUUGAUGAAUUCUGUGCAGCUGCACUAAGUGUACAUCAGCUUGAAGGACUAGAUAGAUGGGAGCAACAUGCUCGUUGUGCGUAUGAACUUUUUGAGAAGGAUGGAAACCGAGCUAUAUUAAUUGAUGAACUUGCUUCGGAGCUGGGGCUUGGCCCUUCGAUCCCUGUACAUUCUGUACUCACUGACUGGAUCAGGCACACGGAUGGGAAACUGAGCUUUCUUGGGUUUGUCAAGUUGCUGCAUGGUGUCUCUAGCCGAUAUCUUACAAAGCCACACUAGCAUAUUCUUCUUGCAUAAGGGGAUGCAGAUAUCCUUUCUGAUUCAAUCACAAUCGAUAUGCUAUAUGUACAGGUACUAAUCACUGAAGGUGUGCUGCUGUGCAUAUACCAGUUUGGACUUUUACUCUAAUGAGCAAGCGGAAAAACUGAGGAGCUGUGUUGGGGCUGGAGAUUAGGCUAGGUCAUGUACACUUUAGCGAUCUUUUCUUUCACAUAACCUGUGAAGCCCAUUCUAUAAUUUCAUAUCAUAGCGCACGUAUCUUUUUAAGAGUAGAAUUACUGACUAAAGUUGUAUCAGGACGGUUAUAUCUCUGACCAUCUUGGGCUGUAACCAGAGCAGAUUAAAUGCUAAGAAUCACGAAAUCUAUUUUUGAAUUAUUUGGUUAUCAGUCAUUCAUCUUUCAA